AUGAAUGACACUAAGUACCGCCCCGGGGCACGGCAGGCAACCGGACCGGCCGAGUGGAUACACUCCACUUUUGGCCAGGCGGCCGACGACCACCGCGAUACUGACAUCAACGAGGGCGUCGACGUCUACUACUUUAUGCCGGCACCGCAUCACGCCUUUGUCCCGGGACGGUUUGACCGCCACUUUGGCUGGGGCACGCUCUCGUAUAGCAUCGACUCGGCCUGCGCCUCCAGCCCGUCGGCGGUGCUGCUGGUCUGUUCGGCCCUCUAA